AUGCAUCGUACUCUUCCCGGCUUCGGGGGCUUUCAUUCUCUUACCCCAGCAAUACUCGCCCUUUUAUUGCUAUGGACCCAAUCCGCGCUGUGUCAAAACACGCAAACGGUACAAGUCGUGGCCACCACCGUCACAAAUUACUACACAGUGGCGGCACCGACGACACCCCUGUCGGCACAGUACACAGGGACACUGGAUUUCCGGACCUCGAUCCUCAACUCGACGAAUUGGUAUCGGCACGAACAUUCGGCCGGAUACAUCUACUGGAACGAGACACUGGCCGAGUAUGCCCAGAAGUACUCGGAAAAGUGUGUUUGGAGCCAUUCGCACGGCGAAUACGGCGAGAACCUGGCGCAAGGGUAUGCCAACGUGACGUCGGCGGUGGAAGCCUGGGGCGACGAGCGACGAGACUACGAUUUCAGCAACAGCGAUCCUACAGGAUUCACCGAGGAGACGGGCCAUUUCACCCAGCUGGUGUGGAAGUCUACCCAGGCCACGGGCUGCGGUUGGACCAACUGUAACGGCAAGAAUAACGUGAGCGGCGUCUUUUUGGUCUGCGAGUAUUGGCCUGCUGGCAACAUCGUCGGCCAGAACAAUUACUGGUUCAAGCAGAAUGUGGCCGCCCAGAGCAAAUCCGGCGCCGAUGGCUUCAGCGAGCUCGACGCCACCAAAGGUGCAACGGGCGGCGUGCCCACGUCGACCAGCGCCUCUGUCCCAACUGCCACGGGUGAGUCGGAAUCGUUGGGCAUCCCGGCCGUCGAGUUUGAUCAAUGGAGAUUGUUUGUCGCCGUUUGCGUCACGCUUGCUGCUGUGCUAUUUGGCCUGGGCAUGUCGUGA